CUAUUAUUAGGGAUAGAUAGCACCGUCGUCUGCCGUUACCUUCGUCGUGCUCGAGAUUGAAAUCGAGUGAAUCGCGAGAAAGGAAGAGAGAUGGCUCAUAGGAUUCUCAGAGAUCAUGACGCCGAUGGAUGGGAGCGCUCCGAUUUCCCAAUCGUCUGCGAGUCUUGCCUCGGUGAUAAUCCCUACGUGCGAAUGACCAAGGCGGAGUAUGAUAAGGAGUGCAAGAUAUGCACACGACCUUUCACGGUGUUUAGGUGGAGACCUGGGCGUGAUGCUAGAUACAAGAAGACGGAGAUUUGUCAGACUUGCUGCAAGCUGAAGAAUGUGUGUCAAGUCUGUCUUCUUGAUCUUGAGUAUGGUCUUCCUGUUCAAGCUAGGGACACUGCGCUUAACAUUAGUACUCAUGACUCUAUCCCAAAGAGUGAUGUUAACAGAGAGUACUUCGCUGAGGAGCAUGACAGGAAGACUAGAGCUGGACUGGAUUAUGAAUCUUCAUUUGGGAAGAUGCGUCCUAAUGAUACGAUUUUAAAGCUUCAAAGAACAACACCGUACUAUAAGAGGAAUCGAGCACAUGUUUGUAGUUUCUUCAUAAGAGGUGAGUGUACUAGAGGUGAGGAAUGUCCUUACCGGCAUGAGAUGCCUGAAACAGGAGAGCUUUCUCAGCAGAACAUAAAAGACCGUUAUUAUGGUGUUAAUGAUCCGGUUGCGAUGAAGUUACUUGGAAAAGCUGGUGAGAUGGGCACUUUAGAAUCACCAGACGAUCAAAGCAUCAAAACGCUUUAUGUCGGUGGACUUAAUUCAAGAAUUCUCGAGCAGGACUUACGAGAUCAGUUCUACGCUUAUGGAGAGAUCGAGUCCAUCCGAAUCUUGGCAGACAAAGCAUGCGCGUUCGUCACAUACACAGCCCGUGAAGGAGCAGAGAAGGCUGCGCAAGAGCUCUCCAACAGGCUAGUCGUCAAUGGUCAGAGGCUAAAACUCAUGUGGGGAAGGCCUCAGGCUCCCAGACCUGAUCAAGAUGGUUCGAACCAACAGGGCGGUGUGGCUCAUAGUGGUUUGCUACCUCGAGCCGUUAUAUCUCAGCAACAUAAUCAACCGCCACCGAUGCAACAGUACUACAUGCACCCACCACCACCUAACCAAGACAAGCCUUAUUACCCGUCUAUGGACCCACAGAGAAUGGGUGCAGUCAUUUCAACCCAAGAAGCUGGUGGUUCAAGCACCACUGAGAACAACGGAGGUUCGUCUUCUUCUUACAUGAUGCCUACGCACCAGCUAUACCCGCCAGCACCAUAUGGAUAUAUGCCAUCGCCUUACCAGCAGCAGUAUCCUGGUCCUAUGCACCACCACUAUGCGCCACCUCCAGCUGCUUACCAAUCGUACCCACAGCAACCUGGUCCUGAAUCAAGACCUGCACCAAGCGCAGUCUCUGCUCCACCACCUGACUCUGCACCUGCUGGAUCUGGAGCACCUUCAGGAUCCUAUCAACAACCUCCUGCUGCUUCUACUACUACUGAUUCAUCUCAGUAGAAGAAUCCUUGCUUAAAAUGUUCAGCAACUUUUAUGUUUAAAAAGCUUUUUAUACUCUGAAUGAAUCAUUUUCAGCUGUUUUA